UGAGGCGCUAACAAAUCCCCCUCGGAGUCACCUCCUUUCUUCUUCUUCUUCCUCGUCUUCUUCGUCUUCUUCUUCGCCGGCGAUGGCUUAGCCCGUCCCCUCAUCUGAUCCUUCCCAUUGUGCGUGUCGUGUCGACAACCGAGUUGACACCACGCUCACGAGAUUUCUCUUUCCCUCGUGGAAUUUGUCCCGGUCUGGUUGGGGAUUGUCUGGCGUGAGCGCUAACAGAUUCCACUGCGCGUCUGGGAGGGAUUCUGUUGGCGGUGUGAAGCAGAAGGUGGUUUCGCAUGCGGUGAAACGGUAGACGGAUGAUUUCCAUUUGUGGGACUUUUGCUUUCAGCUUGUAGUAGAGGGAGUAAGGAUAGCGUCGCGUCCCAUUUGUACUGUAUGAGUGUGGGUUCGAUUUGUGAGGAUUUCAGAGUUUGAUAUUGGGGCGAAAGUUGGUAAAAGAAACGUUUGAAGCAUUCGAAUUUGAAGCGAUUUUGGUGGCUGUGAAGUUGAAGAGCCGUGUGGUUGGGAGAAUUGGUGCAGUGUUGAAGUUGUAAAGCCAAAUUUGGAGUUCUGUUCUGGACAUGUGUUUUACAGCUUCUGGGAAAAGACUGGUUGGCGAUGUAACUCAGACUUAGGGUUGUGAGUCAAUUUUUACGGACUCACCUAGUACACACUGAGUUGUUGUAGAAUCUACUGUUACACCCACCCUGGGUUGUAUACACGUCUGUCGAUCCCGAAUAUCGUGACGGAUUUGUUAAGUAAAUUUGUUGUUACGCACUGGGGAGCGGGGAAGUGGAAGAGUAGUUGGAGUGUAGCUUUGAAAGCAUCUUCAAGGAAAGGAGGUUGCCUUUCUUGAUCCAGGGUUAGGGAAUCGAGUAUGCAAUGAAUUCGAUUUCGAAGACAGAGAGAGCUCAUCAGAAGUACAGGGCGGGACAGUAUGCCGAGGCACUUCAAUUAUACACAGAGGCCCUGAGUGCUGCGACCCAGCUUAAUCAUCAGAUCGCGCUUCACAGCAAUCGUGCAGCAUGUCACCUCAAGCUUCAUCAGUACAAGCUGGCUGCGGAGGAAUGUAGUGCAGUUCUGGAGCUCGACGCCAAGCAUGCAGGAGCGUUGAUGCUGCGAGCCCAGACCUUGGUUGCAAUGAAAGAUUAUCACUCCGCCUUGUUCGAUGUCAACCGCCUGCUCGAAACAAAUCCUAAUUCUGAAGUUUACCGCAACCUGCGAGAGCGACUGCGGACCCAGAUAGCCUUGACUCCCAUCCCAGAAGCAGACGACGAGACUCCUCCUGACUCACCCACUCACCAGCCGAUGCAAAGAAAGCUGCCUGUUUUAGCAGCGCCUCCUAAACCCCAAGGUUGGGCUGCAAUUCCCAAGCCGAAGGGACACAGUGGUGUAGAUUACUCCAAAUUUGCUAACCUGGGAGAUGAUAUCAGCAGUGAUGAGGAGGAAGAGGACGAGCAGCCUCAAUACCGAUAUCGACUCGGCAAAGUUGGUUUGAGCAACUUUCGAACCGUGUAAGAUAGUCACCAAUAUGUGCUUGAGAUCUUUCUGAAGCUAGUAUCAACCAUUGUAUAAAUAUGAGAUUCAUAUGUCACUUUCGCUACAGCCGCCUCUAGCCAAGGGGCGAGUUUUUGUUUGAGAUUGUAUUUGCAAGGCAAUCCUUCAUUGCAUGGGAUAUAAAACUCAACCAGAAGUAUCUGAAUUCAUUGCGCAGUA